CACCUUUGCAUCGCCAAAGCAUAUAUUAAUAUUAGAGUUUCUGUAGUUACAGCACAUGAUAUUGCAAUACAGCAGAUUUGUCUGUGCUCACUUUUUGUUCUUAAAAACAAACGCGUUGUGUGAUUUACGACUGUGUCAGCGUCAUAAGUGUUUCUUCUCUUUUUUUUUCUUACGAGGAAAGAAUGCAUUAUCUAUUCUAAGAUAAAUGGAGAGAAUGAAUACAACGUUGAAACCAUCAGAGAUUGUUAACAGCAGUGGUAUAAAUGCUGAAGAUGGAGGGCCCAUUGUGGCAGUAGUAGGAAUGUUAUCUUUCUUCAGCGUUAUAGGAACAACAGGCAAUGCUUUGGUUCUAUACGUAUACACACGAAAGCGCCACAAACUGGCUGCAACGGUUUUCAUCAUUUCACUUGCAACAAUUGACUUAACGACAUGUAUUGUCGUUAUGCCAUAUACAGUUAUCAUCGAAUACCUGAAGUACUAUGUUAAAUACGAUAUAUUCUGCAAAAUGUAUAUGUUUUUCAUAACUUCAAACGUUCCUUUUGCUGCAUUUAUUAUGGUUGGUAUUGCUUUUGAUAGAUACUUCUGCAUAGUUCAUCCAUUUAAACACCUCAUGAACGCACAAAGGGCAAAAAUUAUUACUGCGUCUAUGGCAGUUCUUGCUGUCUCACUUGGGAUUAUAACGGCGUUGAACUACAGUGUCUAUGACAUUCAGAUCUGUGGCGGUAUUUCUAAUACGACUUGUGUCAGGUAUACUGGGGUUUGUAAAACGUCAGAGAUUUUACUUCCGCAUUCGUUCACAUUGCAUUAUCAGAAACUAUACACAGCACUCUUUUUCCUGGCCUUGGUAGUGGUCAUUAUUCUGUACGGACUUAUUUACAGAUCCGUUUUGAUCCGUCGAGCCAAAAGAAGACGUCAGAGAAGGUCCAUGUGUUCCUUACCACUUACAAAGGAAUCCUGGUUUUCUGAUUACCGAUCUUCGAUGAUAUCUAGCUUAAGAAAGCAUUCAGAUGAAAAAAAUGAAAAGAACAACAUUGAUUCUGAACUUCUUCGACAGUUGACAAUCCGUGAAAGGGGGCUUGUGGCCAAUAUCAAAACAGCUUUAAUGUUAUUUGUCGUAACAGCUGUUUUUAUUUUAGUGUUUUUGCCUGCUUGGUUGAUGGCACACCAAUUAAUCGGGUAUAAUCGAGUGAUAUUUUACAUGUACUUUGCGUAUAACGUAGCCAAUCCUAUUAUAUAUGCUUUUAUGAACAAGGCCUUUAGACGCCAGCUUAAAAUUGUCUUCAAGUGCAUGUAAUGUCUGUUUUGCUGACAAUGACACACUAACCGCUAUC